AUGGAGAGGUAUGCACAUCUCUUUGUCUCCUUCUCCUUGCUGUUCUCCUUCUUAAAUUACUCCUUGUUUGUUGAUAAGUCUAUGGCCUCACCGUUCCAACUCAACCAUGACCAACUAAACAUCAUGGUAAAUCUCUCCAAGAGCCUCUCUCCUUAUUCUAUGAGUGAGUGGAACACCAGUGACCCAAAUCCUUGCCUUUGGGAGAGGGUCACUUGCUCCGCCGGCACCUCGACCGUCGUGACCGGCCUCUCCCUCUCCAAUCUCGGAAUCUACACUGCCGCUAAUGUCAGCGACUUCUUUAGCAUUCUUUGUCGCCUCGACACCUUACAAAACCUCGACUUCUCGCAAAACUACAUAGCUACGAUACCUGAUUCGUUUUUCUCCAAUUGCACCGGCCUCUCCGGGUUGAAGUCCCUCGAUCUCAGCUACAAUGAUUUGGUUGGCCCGGUUCGUAAUUUCUCGAGCUUUGUGAAUUUGGAGACUCUGGACUUGUCCCACAACUUACUAGAAGGAACUGUGGGAACCCAGUUGAGUUCCUUAUCCAAAUUGAAAAGCUUGAAUCUUGGCUCUAAUUUAUUGAUGGGAACCAUCCCCACUUUCGUCAUCGACGGUAGAAGAGUUGCGGUCUUUGAAGAGCUUGUGCUUUCGCAUAAUCACUUCACUGGCACGAUACCCAGUGAGAUUUUUGAGUAUGAGAAUCUUACUAUGUUGGAUCUUAGUACAAAUAGCCUAUCUGGGACCAUACCAGAAAAGAUUGGAAUGCUCUCCAAUUUGAAAACUCUCGACCUUUCUUCCAAUCAACUAACCGGAAGACUUCCGGCUACUUUAUCCAACAUCUCAGCCCUCUGUCGAUUCGCAGCUAAAAGAAACAACUUAACUGGAAAUAUUCCAAGUAUUUCCAAAUUUUUGUGUGUUUUGGAUCUCAGCUACAACAACCUUGGUGGGGAGAUCCCAUCUGAUCUCCUCGCAUCUCCUAAUUUGGAGUAUGUUUAUCUCUUUGGUAAUCGUCUCAGAGGGGCUAUUCCCACAAAUCUAUCUAUAGGGCUUUUCAUUCUGCAACUCAGUGGAAACCUUCUAUCUGGAAUAAUCCCGACAUCAAUAGGAAAGCUCUCGAAAUUGGAUUACUUGGAUCUCUCUUCGAAUGCGCUGUACGGCGAGCUACCAAAGGAGAUUGGUAAUCUUCAUGAAUUGGUCUCCUUGGAGCUUCAAAUGAAUAAUCUUAGCGGGGAGAUCCCAUUUGAUUUUCUUGCAUCUCCUAAUUUGGAGUAUGUUGAUCUCUCUAGUAAUCGGCNAAGUCCCUUAAUCUCAGCUACAAUGAUUUGGGUGGCCCGGUUCGUAAUUUCUCGAGCUUUGCCAGUUUGGAGACUCUGGGCUUGUCCUAUAACUCCUUACAAGGAACUGUUGCAACCCAGUUGA